UGAAUGAAAGCAGCAAUCAAAACAAAAUAUAAAAUUCGAAUCAAAAUGAGAACAAACAGCGAUUUGGAUCAUAAUAGCGACAAGCAGUUGAAAAAUAUUGAAAAUAUUCAAAACGAAGUGCAUAAAUUGGAAGUCUGCCAUAAUGUAUGCAAUAGUCUAGCCAAUAAUUUACAGGAAUUAAUAUUAAAACUGGAAACGUUAAAAAAAGAAAAGGAUGAACUGGUACAUGCCAUAACAAAGUCUGAGCCUGAAGAUAUGGAAACUCUUAAGAAUCAUAUAUUAGAUGAGAAUGCAGAUUAUGAUUCACAGAAUAUUUUAGAAGAAAAGGAUGUAGCAAGUGAUCUACAAAAUUUGUAUUGUUUGUUGGGCUAUUCUAUAACUGAUGCUGAAUUUAUAGAAGGAAAAAUUAAUGUUUUAACAUUUAACUACAAUGCAAGAUGUUAUGUGAAAUUGGCGAAUGAAGAAGAUUGCUGGCAUUUAAUUGAAAUCUAUCCCUCUCAUCCAAAUUUUGAUAGCAUCAAAGAAUUUCUGUAUAAAACGCAAGAUACAUCUGGAUUACUUAGAAAUUUAAGAAAAUAUUUUGCUGACUCAAGUAGUGAUUAAUGAAGCUUUAUUAAAUUU